AUGAUGUCAUACCUCAAACAGGCACCUUACGGCAUGAACGGCCUGGGGCUCAGCGGGGCGGCCAUGGACCUGCUGCACCCGUCCGUCGGCUAUCCCGGGAACCCGAGGAAGCAGCGGCGGGAGCGGACCACCUUCACUCGCACGCAGCUCGACAUCCUGGAGUCGCUGUUCGGGAAGACGCGCUACCCGGACAUCUUCAUGAGGGAGGAGGUGGCGCUGAAGAUCAACUUGCCCGAGUCCCGUGUACAGGUGUGGUUUAAAAACCGCAGGGCCAAGUGCCGGCAGCAGCAGCAGCAGAGCGGCAGCGCCAAGGCGCGGCCCUUGAAGAAGAAGUCCUCCCCAGCGCGGGACAGCACGGGCUCGGAGAGCAGUGGCCAGUUCACCCCUCCGGCCGUCUCCUCCUCCUCCUCCUCCUCCUCCGGCCACGCCCCCAAUGCCUCCGGCGCCACCGGCCUGGCCUCCGCCUCCGUGGCCACCCCGGUGUCGUCCAUCUGGAGCCCCGCCCCCAUCUCCCCGGCCCCGGCCCCGGCCCCGCCCGCCCUGUCCGAUGCCGCCGGCCCCCCCACCUCCUGCAUGCAGCGCUCAGGCCCAGCCCCCACCUCGGGCGGAGUUUCCGCCCCCUCCUACCCCGCGUCCUACGGCCAGAGCGGCACGGCGGCGGCGUACGGCCAGGGCUACUCCGCUGCCGCCGCCGGGCCCACCUCCUACUUCGGGGGGGUUGAGUGUGGCUCCUACCUGGCGCCAAUGCACCACCACCCCCACCAGCACCCCACCCACCACCCCGCGCACCAGCUCAGCCCCCUGGCCAGCGCCUCCAUGUCCGGCCACGCCCAUCACAUCACACACGCCUCAGGGCACCCGCACCACCACCACCCCCACCACCACCACCCGCAUCACCCGUCCCCCCACCACCCGCACCACCCGCACCACCACCAGGGCUACAGCGGGCCUGGCCUCGCCUUCAACUCCACAGACUGUCUGGACUACAAGGAGCCCGGCACGGCCGCCUGGAAGCUGAGUUUCAACAACACGGCAGACUGCCUGGACUACAAGGACCAGGCCUCCUGGCGCUUCCAGGUCUUGUGA